GAGUAGUAAGGGAAUGGAAUGCUUUGCCUGCAACGGUACUAGAUUCGCCAACUUUAGGUACAUUUAAGUCGUCAUUGGACAAGUAUAUGGACGUACAUGGAAUAGUGUAGGUUAGAUGGGCUUGAGAUCGGUGUGACAGGUCGGCAUAACAUCGAGGGCCGAAGGACCUGUACUGUGCUGUAAUGUUCCAUGUUCUCCUCAAGGCUGUUGACGACCUUCUUCCAGCAAUUUCCCGUUUUUGUUCCUGCUUUCCAGCACGCAGCAGUUCUUUCGGUUUUGGUUUAUUUUGAUUGCAGUUGGGACCUGAGCAGGAGACGGACAGGCAGCUACCCGGACUCAUCAACACGUUGCACUGACCCGACCCCGGGGGCAAGACAGGACAGAGGGACAUGGUUAUCCAGGUCUCUGUGCUGUAUUUUGCCAGGAGUGCUGAAUUGUCAGGGGUUCGUUCAGAGACAAUUUCUGUACCACAGCAACUGACUUCGUUGCAACUAUGGCAGGAAAUUGUUAAGAGACAUCCAAGGCUUGGUACCAUAAGGGAUCACAUCAUUCUUGCUGUUCGUCAAGAAUACAUCAUCUUGGGAGAUCAGCUUUUGUUCCUCCAGCCAGGCGACGAGAUCGCAGUCAUCCCCCCGAUCAGUGGGGGCUAG